CGACGCCAAAGAAAAGCGUGGCGACCAAAAAAGGGGUGGACAGCGCAGUCGCUUGUAAUUACAGUCAAGACACAAUGCUGGGAAUCGUGCAGAACGCAAACGACGCAAUCGAGUGCCCUUAUGGACGACAAGUGCUCGAAAUCCUUUGGAUCGAUGCCAAACGAAGCACGCUGCGACCAAAAGGAGGGUGGACAGCGCAGUCGCUCAUGCUUCAACCGAGAUACGGGGUUGUGAACCACAUUGAAGUUAAGCAGGACAAUCGAAGGAGCGGGUGGACAGCGCAGUUGUCUAACAAGCAGGAAGAGUCAGACCAGUAUAGGAGACUAGAGAUUCAGAAAAUCACGGAUCUGUGGCGGCCAGGGGGCAAAAGGGUAGACAACAGCUAAUGCAAGGACCGCUCAGCUAUCAAAAUAACAUAACAGUAGCCGCCAAAAUCCUUAGCUUUUCACGACUAAGGGGCAAUUGUUGGGCCAUAGCUGAGCGGCAUUGGGCUUGGAAGCCCAAGGAGUAAGGCCCGUUCAAAGGGCCCAUGAGAGUGCAUCUGGGGGAACGUAGCGCAUGGGGAACAGAGAAAGGAAGGCGGCCAUACUAGGACAGGACAGGUACUAGGACGCCUGACACAAAGAGCCGUUACGGGCAGAAUGGGAGAUCCUCCGAGGAUACUCACCUCGAACACUGCAGGACUAAGCAUUAAUUGCCGUCGUAGGCGGUCUAGAUAAAGCAAAGCCUGAUCUAGGACGCCUGACAUGGCAUUUAAUGCUCGAAGUCCAGCCCAAACCACUAUAAAUACAUUCCUAUCUGCAUUGAUGGUAAACCAACUACUCUCUCUCUCUAAACAUUACAAAAAACUCAUAUUCCCUCUCUAACUUAAGCAUCGGAAUUCGGAGGGUGUCCGGGGUGACCGCCCACGGACCCUUGUUUUGCAGGAGCUUGGAAUCCCCCAUCAUCUGGAACAGACGCCUUGCUCGCUUCCACAAACCGCCUAGAACAUUCUAGACUCAAACAGUAACGAUAUCAUAACAAUCUCUUAAUCUCUUUAUCAAUCGAAGUAGAGAAGCAGCGAAGAAUAAUUGAACUGUGGGGAUGUUCAUCAACAAAGUAAAAAGUAAAAGGUGGCAGGUAAAUAUCGUUCUCAUCAGUUUCCAUCAGUAAAGCUUUCUCUCUACCUGCUCCUCAUUUUACACGCUGCUUUUUCUUUUGUGGUUACUUUUAACCAGAUGCGCAAUCACCAUGGCGUUCUAUCUGGCCAACUAACUACUCGUACAUAGGUCAUCUGUCUACGUGCGGCUUCCAAGUCUCACCGCACGACAUUUUCAUAACAACAAUAGCUGCAAUUUUUUUUUUUUUUUAUGGGGGUUUCUUGCUAUAUAUGAUGCAAAAGCAUUCAGUGACGACUGUGUAUGACCGAGAUAGAACUACAAUACUUGGUAACAACGUACCUUAAUUGGGUUUAUUUUUAUGGCUCUGUCCAAUGUUCUUAAUGACAAUAAUAGAGUUGUGAUGUAGAUAGCAACAUCAUGUUUGUGAUGUACCUAUUGAAUAAACCACAUGAAUAAUAAUGUUAUUAACAGAACCCAUAUGAAGAAUUAUAGUCUCGAUUCAAUCCCAUAAAAAAUCUGAACGUUUCCAUGUUUUUCAUUUAGCUAGUAGCUAUGGGCAAUGAUGAAGAUUGAAGUUAAUGAUGAUUAAACAUUCUUGUAUAUUGUGGUUUAGCUAUCAUAUGGUUAAACAUUCUUGUAUAGUGAUCACUAUAUGUGGAGAAUGGAGAUCAAAGAGAUACAAGUACAAAGACUCUAGACAAAGGCAUUAAUUAGCUAUACAUACAUGAACCAUUAUAUAUAUAUAUAUAUAUAUAUAUAUGCAUGAACCAUGAAUGAAUCUUCAUCAACUCCAAUCCUUAUCAGACAACUUCUUGAACUGCAGAGGAAACACCAUCUCUGCCUCCUACAUAUAAUCGGAUUGGUGAGCAUUUUUUCCUGAUGGAAACACGGGUGGACUGUUCGGCUCCUAAGACCAAGGCUUAAGGCAGGUUUGGAGAAUUGAAGUAUAAAUCUCUAGAUUUUAAAUAAUUCAAAUAUUUUAAUUUUUUGGAUUGUCGAAAAAUAUUUUUGAAAUUUUCAUUGUUUGGUAACUGCGAUUGUUAAAAUUUAAGUAAAAAAUAAAUUGUUUUAAUCAAAUGACAUGUUUAGAGUAAUAAUCAAAGUGGAAAAAAUGUUGACGAUUUAUUGAUAAGGAUAUUUAGUGGGAUAAAUAAGUAAAAGUAAGAGAAAAAGUAGGAGAAAAAAAUAGCUUACAAAUCAAGAUAUAGAAUCUUUUUGGUUAGGAAAGAUUUGAGAUCUCUAGAUUUUAAAGAUUUGAAAUCUCCAAAACUAAAAUUUUCCACACAAAAAUAGCAAAAAAAAUUUUUUUUUUUUGUUGAAUCUAUUGAUUUAAUGAUCUAAGACCACAAUCAUAUUCUCCAUACGAGCUCUAAGUUCUACCCAAGCAUGCAAUCUAGUGCUGGGAAAUUGUGUGGUUUGCUAUAGGCAAAACCAUAUACACGAUCUAUGAUCAAAAUCGAGAAGUUGGAGUAUAGAAUAUAGACAUACAACAUUCUACAUGGUCCAGACCAUACAUGUGCGGUCUGGACCAUGCAUACCACAAUAUUAAGCAAAAGCUGAACAAUUUUUUGUCAAUCACACAAAAGAAUCGAACCAAUAAUCGAGAAAAAAAGGUUUGUUCUCCUUAAAACACAAAUUCCAACACGCAUGCAUGAUUUUGAUACCAUAAAUCCAAAUAAAUAACAAAAAACAUAAAGUAAGAGUAACCCAACUUGCACCUAAAAUGAUAAAUAUUAACAUAAUGUCAUACUGAGACACGAAAAGAUUUGCAAAAUUUGGACCGAGACUUGAGUGUCAUUGAGGAGUUGGGAGUGGUCGAGUUUGCUAACAAGAACUGGGAAGUGGGUUCGGUCCGCUAACCUGCGGUCUAGACUAUACCUAAUCAAGAAAUAAAUACAUCUUAUAAUAUAUACCAUGAACCAGACCAAACCGUUAUUUCUAUUUAAUAGUCUACGGUCCAUACCAAAUUAUACGAUCCAAUUUAAUACACAAUAUUUCAAACUAUCUAAUAUAUUUUUCCAGCCUCUGAUACGAUCCACUUGCUCAUUGGAACUAAGGUCAGUAGAGCAGAAGAAUUGGUAUAGCUGUAGCCUGUACGUACAAGAGAUGCAGACAUUUCCAUUUACUCCACUAAAUUAAAAAAGCACUCAUCACACUCGAAUGCUGUAAGCGUGGCGGCAUCCAAUCCUCAUUAUCAUUAAAUAAAUACUGAUAAUUAAUAAUACUGUGCACGAAGUAUUGAAGUAGAUAAGGAACGGAACGUUAAUUGGAUCAUUGAGGUGCUCGAUUGAGAGUUAAGAUAUGGAUUAGAUUUUGGCUAAACUAACUAGAGCAAAGAUAAGGCUUGUGAUUAAUGCUUUGACUUUUAGCGACGGGAAAAAAGAAACAAAAUUACAACUCACGUUCGGCGUAGCCGAUCGGCAUGUAACACCAGGGGGAUGGCACUUGACUCGGCCGAGAGAGAAACAAUAACAAUAUCAUGUGUAA